CAAUCAGUCCUGAAAAGAUCAGUCUUGUGAGUGGUUGACACAUAAAAAGAAAAUUCUCGAAAGUUUAUAAUUACUCGAUGUACUUACCACAAGAUAAUUCCAAUCAAUUUUUCUUAUUAAAUCAUUUCUCAACGAUACAUUAUUCAAAUAAUUGCGUGAAAUAAAAGUCUCGGUGAUUUCUGUAAAUACGAUUGGAAUUGUUAACUCAAAUUACUAGACUUUCAAUUCGGAAAUUGUGAUAGUAUUGGUGUAGUGAAAACAUGGUUGUCGAAAUCCCGUUUCCAUUCAGUUUGUGUCUUCCUAAUUCUAAGAAAAACGAAGAAAAACAAUGGCCACAAAUUGUAGCAAUAAUUAUAAGUACUUUUGCAGGCAUAACGAAUGGCUUAUUAUAUUCUUGGGCCUCGCCUUUCCUCAUCAAAAUCACUCAAGAUAAAGUUAAUUAUAACAUAACAGAAGAACAAGCUUCACACUUCAAUACCAUUCAUCCUAUGGCUAUGCUAUUAGUAUCGCCGUUAUUUGCGAAGUUACCGGAUACGUUUGGAAGGAAAAGGACAUUAUUGUUGAUAUCCGUUCCUCAAAUAAUCGCUUGGUUGUGUUUGGGAUUCGGAAAAUCUGUAUACGUGUUUUAUAUAGCGAAAAUCCUCGCGGGUUUUUGCGACGCGGUUUUCUUUGCGGCGAUGCCCAUAUACGUAGGAGAAAUCGCCAUACCAGCAGUAAGGGGUAGUUGGGGAAACCUAUUAGCCAUUUCCUAUUAUAUAGGGGAGUUUUUGAUUAAUGUAAUUGGUAGUUAUUGUGAAAUUAGAUCGACUUCUUUUAUUUGUAUACCAUUACCGAUGAUGUUUCUAGUAUUAUUUUCGAUGAUGCCGGAAUCGCCAUAUUUUUACUUAAUGCGGGGGGAAGAAGAAAAAGCUAGGGAAUCACUCAUAUUCCUUAGAAGAACUACUAAUAUAGAAGCUGCGUUUACGCAACUAAAAGCUGACGUUGCUAGACAGAUGUCGGAAUCGGGUACUUGGAAAGAUCUAUUCAAGAUUAAAAGUAAUCGGAAAGCUUUAACUGCUGGUAUAUUUUUGAGAUUCAGCCAACAGAUGUCGGGGAUGAUCGUAUUUAUAACUUAUACACAGUAUGUUUUCCAGAAAUCGGGUGGUGAUAUCAGUCACGAGGUCGGUUCUAUGAUAUACACUGGCUUACAAGUAGGAUUGAAUUUCUUAGUGUUGCUAUUUGUUGUUAGUAAAUUAAGUAGAAGAACCUCUUAUAUUGUUUCUCUAUUAUGCACAGCGUUGAUUUUGUAUGUGAUGGCUACGUUUUAUUACAUCGAUUCCUACACCAAGAUUGAUCUAAGCGCUUAUAAAUGGGUUCCUAUUUCUACUAUGGUUAUAUAUCAAGUUUUCGCUUCAGUUGGUAUCACAAUCAUCCCAACUUUGAUGUUGAGCGAAUUAUUUUCAGCCAGUAUUAAGGCUAAAGCGAUGGUGUUUAUGGUAUUGACGUUCGGUUUGGGUAGUUUUCUCACGAACUACAUAUUCUAUUACGUAAAUACUCUUCUCGGUUUCUUCGCACCUUUUUACGUGUUUGCUAUUUGUAAUACUUUAGCUGGGGUGUUAUCGUUUUUCGUUAUUCCGGAAACCAAAGGGAAAACUUUAGAAGAAAUCCAACAGUUAUUGAAAAGAGGCAAGAAAGAUGUGCUGAAAGAGGAAACUCGUCUGUGAUACAUUUAAUAUAUUUUUUUAUUUUGAUAAAUGACAUUUUGUAAAGAUUUUUUUGUGAAUAUAAUUAUGUGAAUGAA